UAUACCGUAUUACCGUGUAAUAAGUUCGUUUAUGAUCUGUACAAAUUGUAAAAUAAACCAAAACAAAGAGUUAUUUUUAUGAUUUUAUCAUUGCAUACUUAGUUGACCUUCAAAACUCGGUUUUUUGCUGAAUUUACAAAAUCAUUACGUCAUUUAAUACCUGUUGCAUUGCAGUUCGUGAUACAUAUAGUAAUUUAAGUUAUUAAGUAUGGGAGUUUCAUGUAAAAUACAUAUAAGAAAGUCACAGGAAGGUAUCCAUCGAGCCGGUGAACCUAUCAGCGGAAUACUUUGCUACGCGAUCGACGAACCAACAGAGUAUCAGACUGCUGUACUAUCUUUUGUCGGCACGGCGAAAUGCUCAUGGACACAAUACGACUUGGUGGGUAAAUCUACUUACACCUACAUCGGUCACGAUGAAUUCUUAACGCUGCAUACAAACAUUCUAAAGAAACGACCAGAGCAAACUAUAACACUGGACGUAGGGACAUAUGAAUUUCCUUUUGAAUUUCUUUUACCUACAGAGAUUCCAUCCAGCUUCGAAGACGGAUAUGGUGAUAUCAAAUAUCAUGUGAGGGUAAAAUUUAUGAAGCCAAGCCUUUUCAGUCUAACCAAAAAGUAUGAGAGAGAGAUCACUGUAUAUGGCAAUGUUAACCCUGUUACUGGAAAUGAAUCACGCUCGUAUGAGCUGCAGAAGAAAUUGUUUAAAUGGUUUUCCUCUAUAGAACCUAUAAUUUCUCUGAAAGCACGGAUUACUAAGUCAUUCCUCACACCUGGUGAAAAUGCUCAUGUAGAUGUGUCAGUGGUUAAUGAGACUGACACAGAAAUAAGUAACAUUACAACUGAACUUUCAUGUAGAACAACUUACACCGGACAACGAUUCUUUAGUACUAACUCUAAAGUGGUUGAGGAGACCAUACGUGGAUGUACAGGUAUUACCCCAUCAAUCCCAGCAUACAAAACACAAAAAUUUUCAUGUAUAGUUCCAACACUGCCACAUUUGUAUUCUAUCCAGCACAGUAAGAUUAUAAACAAAGAGUACUUUAUAAAGGUAAAUAUUAAUUUACCUUUCCCCCAUAUAACAGCAACUUGUACAAUACCAAUAGCCAUAGGAGAAGCCAGAGGAGGAGACUGCUCAGGUGUUCUGGAAUUAGAUGAUGAAUUGGAAUGUUACCCGGAACUAGAACAAAGUAUUAGCGAUGACCCACCAUCAUACUGGGAAGUGAUGAAGGAAGACAACAGUCAAGAUGAAGGUAGAAGCACAAGUAAGCAUUAGAAUAGAGAGAAAAGUGUUUUUUUUUUUAAUCUAUAGAUUAAGUUAAUCAUCUACAUUUUAGAAAUUUAUUCCACCACCAAGACUGAUGGAUAGCCUUGGCUGUUUUAAUAACAUAAAUAUAUGUAACUUCAGUCAAACUACAGUUGUAAGUUAAAUUUAGAUACCAUUCCCUGGCCUGGCCCUGGUGAUGAAAUAAAAAAACUGGCCUAAUAUAACAAUUCAGUUAUAAAGUCAAUUAGGAAAUAAGCACCUUAGGCAGAAAAAAAAACAACAUGCAUGUUUAAAGCUGUAAAAGAGGCCUCUGGGUAUAGUUGCAACAGACAUGUAUGUGAAAGUAACAUUACAUACUGCCAUAAUGGUAAGUGUAGCAAAACAAAAAUUAAAGUAACUUAAAAAGUUGCGAUUUACUUAGAUUCAUAUUAUGAUAUAGAUGGAUAGAUCUUUAUUUGCAUACCAAUUGUUACAUGUAGAUACAUAAUGGACCCUGGAAAGGGUGAUAGCAAAACAUUUGUUUAUAAGUUUACUUAGAUUAUUCAUAAUUAUGUAUGUGACAUAUCAGUAAACCGAAACUGUGAUAAUGAUAGAACAGAGAAUACCUUAUAUUGCAUUUGUACAAUUUAUACAAUUAUAGGGUAAUUAGGAACCAUCCUAUCUAUAAACUGAGUUCUGAGUGAGAAAUAUAUGAUACUUACUGGCCACCUCUCAAUAACUGGCCACUUUAUGCUAAAAUACCAUUUUUUUACCAGUGUACAGAGUAUGUAUAGUAUGAAUUUUCUGAGAUGAAUUUUUCGCUUUUGCCCUAAUCUGUUAAACAAAGGCCUUUGUUUCUA